AUGGCCGAAAUCUACACAGGAUGCUACAUAGCCUUUGCAGCUUUUGUACAGAAAUUGAAAGAAAUUUUGGACUUGCCGAAAGUUGCACAAGAGUAUGGAUCGGAAGGCAUUGUUUCAACAAAAGGAGAUGUUUAUAGCUUUGGAAUACUGUUAAUGGAAACAUUUACGGGAAAGAAGCCGACUGAUGACAUGUUUGGUGGAAGAAUGAGCUUGAAGGAAUAUAUAAAGGAAGCAUCACCUGAUGCAGUAGUUAAAAUAGCAGAUGCUAAUUUGCUGAGAGGGGAAGAAAAUUUUGUAGAUAAGAAAGACUAUAUAUCAUUCAUUUUGGGAUUGGCUGUGGAAUGCUGUGAAGUACCUGAUGAAAGAAUUGGCGUACCAUCGUCUUUGUGCAACAUCUCGACACUAACAACUUUGUGGCUGAAGAACGAUAAUCCAGAAGGAAACGUUCCUGAGGAGAUCGGCAAAUUAGCCAACCUGGAGACACUCAUCUUGUAUGGAAACAAGCAGAUUUCAGGUUCAGUGCCGUGGACCAUUUUCAACAUUUCUUCUUUGAGAAUGAUUGAUUUGUCCUUCAAUAGGCUAUCUGGUAGCCUCCCAGAUGAUAUCUGUCAAAAUCUUUUAAAUCUUCGGAGACUCGUUCUUCAUCAUAAUCAACUGGAGGGUCAGAUUCCACUUGGUUUAUGGAAAUGCUCUUUGGAUAAUAACAAAUUCUUCGGAAACAUCCGAACAAGUAUAGGAAAUCUUGCAUUUCUUCAGCAGCUUUAUCUGUCUUUCAAUAACUUGACAGGCAAAAACUAG